CCGAGGGAGGAGGUCGCCUACGUGACCUGCACCUACAGGAGCACGGGCAUCGAGCAGCCCGAUUUCCUGGCCACCGUGGACCUCAACCCGCGCUCCUGCCACUACGGCCAGGUGAUCCAGCGCCUGCCCAUGCCCAACCUCAAGGACGAGCUGCACUGCGCGGGCUGGGGCCCCGCCUGCGGCUGCUUCGAGAGCGGCGCCGCGGCCAAAAGGACCAAGCUGGUCCUGCCCGGCCUCAUCUCCUCCCGCAUCUACGUGGUGGAUGUGGGCUCCCAGUGCCGGGCGCCUCGCAUCUGCAAGAUGAUCGAGCCCGUGGAUGUGUUCUGGAAGUGCAACAAGGGUUACCUGGCUACCACCCACGCCCUGCCCAACGGCGACAUCCUGAUCGCCAACAUGGGCGACCCCGCCGGCAACAGCAAAGGUGGUUUCGUGGUGCUGGACGGAGAGACCUUCGAGCUGAAGGGGAACUGGGAGAACGAGUGUGAGGUUCCCCAUAGCGGCUGCGACUUCUGGUACCAAGCCCGGCACAACGUCCUGGUCAGCUCGGCCGGGCUGGCGCCCAAAGUGGCCGGGAGAGGCUUCAGCCCCGACGACUUCAAGAAAGGGGUGUUCGGCCGCCGCCUGAACGUGUGGAACUUGUCGUGCCGCAGCCUGACGCAGUGCUUCGACCUGGGCGAGGAUUCUCUGCCGCUCAACGUGCGCUUCCUGCACAGCCCCGAGGCGGCCGAGGGCUACGUGGGCUGUGCCCUGAGCGGGGCCAUCUUCCGCCUCUAUAAACCCUGCGAGAGAGAGAACUGGGCAGUGGAGGAGGUGAUCCGGAUCCCGGCCAAGGACGUGUCGGGCUGGAUCAUGCCCAAGAUGCCCGCCUUCAUCGCCGACCUCAUCAUCAGCCCGGACGAUCGGUUCCUGUACGUGAGCAAUUGGCUGCACGGGGACAUCCGGCAGUACGAGCUGGCCAGGAACUGCAAGCCCCGGCUGGUGGGGCAGGUGUUCGUGGGGGGCAGCAUCCUGCGAGGGGGCCCCGUCAGCGUCUGCAGGGACGAGGAGCUCAAGUGCCAGCCCGAGCCACUGGUGGUGAAGUGCAAGCGCGUGUUCGGCGGCCCCGCCGCGCUGCAGCUGAGCCUGGACGGGAAGAGGCUCUACGUGACCAACUCCUUGUUCAGCACCUGGGACCGGCAGUUCUACCCCAGCCUGGUCAAGGAGGGCUCGGUGAUGCUGCAGCUGGACGUGGACACGGACAAGGGCGGGCUGGCGGUGAACAAGAACUUCCUGGUGGAUUUCGGCAAGGAGCAGCACGGGCCGUGCCUGGCGCACGAGAUUCGCUUCGCCGGCGGCGACUCCAAAUCCGAGAUCCUGCCCUGAGCGAGCCCCGGGAGCGCCGCCCGCCCCUCCCGGCAGCGCUGCCAGGCCCGGCCUCGGGGCUCCGGGGGGAUCCCGGGCGCUGGGGGGACCUGGAUGGGGCUUGGGGUGCGCUGGGGGAGGGUUGGGGUGCGCUGGGUGAGAGUUUGGAGUGUCCUGGGUGAG